AACUGAAAGUAGCCAUCGAUUCCGAGCACAGUUUGGUUUCACUGACAAGUCGUUGUCACUGUCCUGUCUCUCAGAAUGUCGGAGUCCGUCAAAAAUGUCGCGAUAUUUGGAUCAACGGGAAUGACCGGGCUCGCAACGCUGCCUCAAGCCGUGUCUGCAGGAUACAAUGUGACGGUACUAGUGCGGGACCCAGCCAGGCUGCCUGCUGACCACAAGGCGUCCAGAGUGGUGGUGGGAGAUGUGCUGAAUAAAGAGGAUGUGAAGAAGACCAUGGAGGGCCAGGAUGCUGCCAUUAUCAUCCUGGGGACACGCAACAACCUGAGCCCGACCACCAUGAUGUCUGAAGGCACCAAGAACAUUGUGGAGGCCAUGAGGGCGCGCGGGAUCCGCAAAGUGGUCGGCUGCAUGUCAGCCUUCCUGCUGUGGGAUCGUGCCAAGGUCCCGGUUCCAGUGACGGAGGACCACGACAGGAUGUAUACGGUGCUGAAGACGUGCGGUCUGGACUACGUGGCCGUCAUGCCUCCUCACAUUGGUGGUGACCUUCCUCUGACGGAGAGUUACACGGUGACAGAAAACAUGCUGACAGGAAAAGCCAUCUCUAAACAUGACCUGGGACACUUCUUUGUCAAGUGUCUGUCCACUUCAGAGUGGGACGGCAAGACUGUGGGAGUGUGUGGAGAGUAUAAAUGAAGAAUGCACACCUCUUCUUCUUGUCAUUUCUUUGUUUUCCACAUUAUGUGUGUACGCUGAGAGAUGAAUGAAGGAUGUUUUUGUCCCUUUUUUUUUUAAAUAAACAUCAUUUGGACUGAG